GUGUAGGAGAGGAGGAGAAGGAGUGUAGUAAGAAUACCAUUUGACUUGGUUUCAGAGAGAGAGAGAUAGAGAGAGAGAGAGAGAAAGCAGAAGAAGAAGGAGAAGAACGAAGAAAGAGAAAAAGAUAAUACAGACUCUGAGAGAAACCCUAAAACGAGCCAGCAAGCAACCAAGGCUGAGAAAAAUUCAUAUCAGAAAUUGAACAAGACGAAGCGAAUAGAAAAGAGAAACGCCGCUUCACUGUAUUGGAAUCCGUUUCUGGCUUUCUGGGCAACUCUCUCUCUCUCUCUCUCUCGCCCUCUCUCACUCUUCAGAGCUCUACUGCUAGCCGAGAUUGAUGCGGAAGCCCGUGGGAGACUGCUUUCUUCGUCAAGAUAGUGGGGUUCUAGAAUGUGCAGAAUCAAAGUCUGCUCCUUGGUUUUACCUUUCUUUGGUAUUUCGUUUGUGUUUGGUAAGACUCAAUAUGAUAAGCCCAGACACAAUGCUCACCCUUUUCUCUUGGUGCACAAUAAGGACUCUGAAGUCUGUGGCCUUCCGUGUUGGGGUGCAAUGCUAUCUGGAUUGAGCUCCAUGCCUGCGGUUUUUUCGUCUUGUUAUGUAAUCUAGAUUUUGUUGAGUUCAUGCUGUUUUAGAUAGUUUUACUUGUCAAAAGUAUUUUUAGAUUGUCAAUUUUGGAAAUAUGGUACCUUCGGGGCCGCCCAAUCCGAUUGGUGGUGCCCAGUCUGUUUCACCUUCACUCUUGCGUUCAAAUUCUGGAAUGCUUGGAGGUCAAAAUGGUCCACUACCUUCUCAGUCAGCUUUUCCGUCGCUUGUCUCACCACGUACUCAAUUCGGUAACAUGAACAUGCUUGGAAAUGUAGCCAAUGUGUCUUCUCUCCUUAAUCAGUCUUUUGGAAAUGGGAUUCCAAAUUCAGGGCUUUCUGGUCCUGGUAGCAGCCAUCGUGGAGGUAUUGAUACUGGGGCUGAGUCCGAUCCACUCUCUAGUGUUGGCAAUGGAAUGGGUUUCAAUGCUCCUUCAUCUUAUAAUGCAUCAAACCUGGCUAAUCCUGGUACAUCUGGUCAAGGUCAGGGUCAGGGUCAGGUUCAACAAUUUUCAAACCCUUCUGGUAAUCAACUGUUGGCAGAUCAACAACAGCAACAACUUGAGAAUCAGAAUUUUCAGCAUAGUCAGCAGCAAAUGCAACAGUUCUCUGCCCCUCACAACACACAGCAGCAGCAGCAGCAAUUUCAGGCAAAUCGAGGGAGCUUAGCUGGUGUUGGACAAGUCAAGUUGGAGCCCCAGUUGACCAAUGAUCAACAUGGUCAGCAGCAGCAGCAGUUGCAGUCUUUGAGAGUUCUUGGUCAGGUGAAAAUGGAACCUCAACAACUUCAGAACAUGAGAAACUUGCCGCCUGUAAAAGUGGAACCCCAGCAUAAUGAUCAGUCAUUGUAUUUGCAUCAACAACAGCAACAGCAACAGCAACAGCAACAACAGCAGUUACUCAACAUGUCAAGGCACCCUUCUCAAGCUACUGCUGCCCAUAUAAACCUUCUGCAUCAGCAGAGAUUCUUGCAGCUAACACAACAACACCAGCAACAGCAACUCUUAAAAGCAAUGCCUCAGCCACGGCCCCAAGUACAGCAGCAAUUUCCGCAACAGAAUCUCCCUAUGAGAUCUCCUGCAAAACCAGUGUAUGAACCUGGAAUGUGUGCACGGCGCUUGACGCAUUAUAUGUAUCAGCAACAACAUAGGCCUGAAGACAAUAAUAUUGAAUUCUGGAGAAAAUUUGUUGCCGAGUAUUUUGUACCUCAUGCCAAGAAGAAAUGGUGUGUUUCUAUGUAUGGAAGUGGCCGGCAGACAACUGGUGUUUUCCCUCAGGAUGUAUGGCAUUGUGAGAUAUGCAAUCGCAAGCCUGGGCGGGGCUUUGAAGCAACUGUUGAGGUUCUUCCCCGGCUAUUUAAAAUCAAGUAUGAAAGUGGUACCUUGGAGGAACUUCUGUAUGUUGAUAUGCCUCGUGAGUAUCAUAAUUCAUCUGGUCAGAUUGUGCUGGACUAUGCCAAAGCAAUACAAGAAAGUGUUUUUGAGCAGCUUCGUGUUGUUCGGGAUGGUCAACUUCGAAUCGUGUUCUCUCCAGACUUGAAGAUAUGCUCUUGGGAGUUUUGUGCAAGGCGCCAUGAAGAGCUUAUCCCUCGAAGAUUACUGAUACCUCAGGUUAGUCAACUUGGGGCUGCAGCUCAAAAAUACCAGGCUGCUACUCAAAAUGCAUCAUCUAAUUUAUCUAUUCCAGACAUACAAAGUAAUUGUAAUAUGUUUGUAUCGUCAGCUCGGCAGUUGGCAAAAACCCUGGAAGUGCCAUUAGUAAAUGAUUUAGGCUAUACAAAGAGAUACGUAAGGUGUCUACAGAUAUCAGAAGUGGUUAAUAGUAUGAAGGACUUGAUUGAUUACAGCCGAGAGACAGGGACUGGACCUAUGGAGAGCUUAGCCAAGUUUCCUCGAAGGACGAGUACUUCUGGGUUUCACAAUCAAGCACAGCAGUCUGAUGAACAAAUGCAGCAGCAACAGCAACAGCAAACGGUGGGCCAGAAUUCAAAUGACGCAAGCUCUGUGCAGGCCAAUAUGCAACUUGCUGUUAGUAAUGGACCUAGUGGUAUGGCUAGUGUAAAUAACGUGAACACAGCAUCCACAUCUACCUCUGCAAGCACCAUUGUGGGUCUCCUCCAUCAAAAUUCCAUGAAUUCCAGGCAACAGAGUUCGAUGAAUAAUGCAAACAGUCCCUAUGGAGGAAGUUCUGUUCAGAUUCCAUCCCCUGGUUCUUCUAGUACAAUCCCUCAGACUCAAGCAAACCCUUCUCCAUUCCAGUCACCAACACCCUCAUCGAACAAUCCAUCCCAAACAUCUCAUGGUGCCUUGACAGCUACCAAUCACAUGAGUGCAGCAAAUUCACCAGCAAAUGUAUCCAUGCAACAGCCAGCCCUUUCUGGUGAGGCUGAUCCAAGUGAUUCCCAGAGCUCUGUCCACAAAAUUAUACACGACAUCAUGAUGUCCAACCAGCUUAAUGGCUCAGGUAGUAUGGUUGGUGUGGGUUCUCUGGGAAACGAUGUGAAAAACAUGAAUGGGAUUUUGUCUAGUAGCAACAACACAGGCAUGAACGGUGGCAACUGUCUGUCGGGGAAUGUCAUGGGCAACAGUAACUCAGGUAUGGGGGGUGGUGGAUUUGGGAGUAUGGGUGGACUUGGUCAGCCUGCCAUGGUUAAUGGAAUGAGAGCUGCAAUAGGAAAUAAUUCUGUUAUGAAUGGAAGGGUUGGAAUGACAUCAAUGGCUCGAGAACAAAGUAUGCAUCAUCAACAGGAUAUAGGGAGCCAGCUACUUAGUGGGCUUGGAGCGGUUAAUGGGUUUAAUAAUCUUCAAUUUGAUUGGAAACAUUCUCCUUAAAAGGCUUAUUGGUCAUGCUGGUGUUUGUUCCAUUGGUUCUCGAUCUAGCUGCUUGUGCAGCAUGAGAAAUGGCAGAAUUGCCUUGUGCCCAUUGAAGAUUGCAGUGCAUGGAUGAAAUGAAAUAGUUAACAGGGCUUUCGCUCCCACUUGUACUAAUCUGUGAUUUAUAUAUAAAAAGGAAAUUUGGGUGCUGCUUGUGUGGCUGAUGGGGCUGAGUUUCUUGUGGUUUCAAUUGUAGGUCAUAAUUCUUUUUUUUUCCUUUUUCUUUCGUUUUCUUUGAAAAUCUGGUCGGCUUGGUAUAUUACACAUCGUUUCAAAGUAGUAAUUUUUGAUUUCUUCUCCUAGAGUUGUACUUCUGACCUAUUCAAUGGGGUAUGUAUUGUUGUUUAUUUGCGGUUACAAUGGGGGUUUUUAGUAUACAUGUAAAAUCAUUAGAGUAACUGAAGCUUUGUUGUUCAA